GCUUAACCUCUUUUAUCUGGUCUGUCACCAGAUCCGGUGUCAUGUCAUCCCAAGCCCCACAGACGAAUCUGUCCAUAGAACGAUUUCGCCUUGAUGGAAUGAUGGUAGCAUGUGCAUUCUAUGGCGUAUUCCUUCUCCUUACAGUGCAUGCCUGGAUUGUUCUCAUGCAACGGCCUCGAUAUGGGGGAGAAAUUGCAGAUCAUCGUCGCUCGCUUCUUUUCUACGUCUACAUCACGUUCGUAUUGGGGACGAUAAACUUUGGUGUGAACGCAAAGUAUUUGGAUCGAUCUUCGUGACGCGCCUGGUGAUCCGCUCGCGCUAAUCGAGGGCUUCAUGAGUCAUCGUAUUAACUUUAUAGCGCUUACCACGUA